AUGACAACCGAACGGCGGAACCUAGAUCGCAUUGCUGGCCGUAGAAGCCAGCAAAAUAUUCAUGACAUUUCCGCAAACAACGGAUCGUUUGUCUUUGCAGGCGACGUCAGCCACGUCAGCUUUUCUCAGCCAGGACAGAUCACUCCUAGCUUUGAGGAUGCUGUCAAGAGGUGUCGGGAUAUCCUAUUUGUGAGCCAUCCUGAUGCCGACAAGGCUAGCGUCGCCAAUGCGAAAGGCAAAAGAACACCCGGAACCUGCAGCUGGAUCCUGGAUAACCCGCAAUGCCAAGCAUGGCUCAAUAAAAAGUCUCCCCUGUUCUGGAUAUCUGGUGGUCCAGGCAUGGGCAAAACGGUCUUAUCCCUUUUCCUUUGGGAACAAGUUGAAAAGCUGUGUCAAGGCACAGAUGAUCAAUUCUUGUUCUAUUUCUGCCGCUUUCAACACGACCUUUACAACAAGCCCGUCAACCUUCUACGAAGCCUGAUAUAUCAGCUACUCAACUUUAGCACUGAUAUGUCCAAGGUUCAACAGGUCUUGAGUUACUUGGAUAGCCAAGAGAAAGCAGACAAUGCCUUAACUAGCCUUGAGUGCCUGUGGAAUAUCUUUGAAAUCCUCCUAUCACAGCCUAGUCUCUCCAUAGUCUAUUGUCUUAUUGAUGGUAUCGAUGAGUGCCAGUCUUCUGAUGUAUUGAUGGGCAAACUUCGAGACUACUGUGCUUCGCCCAUUGGACGCAAUGGACCUCUCAGGUUGGCGAUAAUAGGUCGAGAUGUUGAUCUACUCGGUAUACCCAUUCAUCCCCGAGAUGCCACGUCUACACCAGAAUCCACUUCAAAUAAUCCAACAGAUGCAAUCAACGUAUUCGAUGGCAUCAAGAUCAAUCCAGAGUAUGACCAACAUGCUCAUGACGACAUUGCGGUAUUCAUCAGAUGGAGCCUAGAACCUUUGCAAGGAAUACCCGACUUCGAAACCAUCUGUCCUCAAGUAGAACAGACCCUACUCACCAGAGCAGACGGUACCUUCUUAUGGGUCGGUUUUGUUAUCAAUAAGCUUUCUAAGAAGAAGACUUGUCUCCAAAUUCUGGAAACCAUACAAAAUAUACCGGCAGGUCUAAAUCCAAUAUUUGGGAGAAUGCUACAUCAAAUAGACCCCAAAUACCAUUCUAUCAGUGCGACAAUCCUCAAAUGGGUUGCAAUAACAGUGAGGCCCUUGACCCUUGGAGAAUUGGCCUAUGCUAUAGGGACGAAUAUCGAGCGUAUGGCAGAUAGAAUCUCCAUCUGCCAGCCACUUCUAAAACUUAACGAUGGCCGAGUUUUGUUUAUUCAUCAAUCCGUCAAGGAAUAUCUUGUGAGAAGCUAUCCGGAUCAAGAUCCAAUCGCCGAGGAAUUCCGCAUACAGGAAAAGGAGUGCCAGAGUGAAAUCGCCCACAGGUGUUUGCAAGUCCUCGAACAUAGUUUCUUGCAGCACACACGAAUCAGCUCCAGAAGUCCUGAGUACAUGGGAGGGGAGGAUAGGCAGCCGAAUAUCUUGAGAGUCGAUAUGCAGCCAGGGGGGGUUCGGGUGGCCUCUCAGCUAUUUAAUUAUGCAGAUCUUCACUGGAUGAAACAUGCUAAAUUGUCAUCAGAGAAAUCCGAGCAUCUUUAUGACCCUAGCAGGCCAUUCUUCAAAAGGUCUUCUCUUGUAAGGAAGAACUGGGCAGCCGUUGGACAUGUGCCCUGGCCGCGAGCUCACAUGGCGGCUUAUUUUGGUAUUCUACCGUGGCUCCAAGCGCUCGUGGAAUCCGAGGGAACUCCGUCUUGGUAUUGGACUUGGCGGUGGAGGAAUUGGAUCAAUGCAGAAUAUUUUGGCUGCAUUCCUCUGUCCCAUGCAGUCGUAGGGGAUCAUGAACAGACAGUUCGAUUUCUCCUCCGCCAUGGCGCCAAUAUGAGAGGCUGGCAUCCUGCCCUCAGAACAGCGGCAGCUCUUGACAGGGACAAGAUUGUGCGGGUAUUUCUUGAGUAUGGUGCCCCGCUAGUACACGAUGGAUGCAAAUUUGAGGGGAGUGUCCUCACCAGUGCGGCACACAAUGGCUCCAUUGCCGUGGCACAGCUGCUUCUGGAUCACGGUAUCGAUAUCAACAUGAAAGACUUCCAGGACCAAACGGCGUUAGUUCAGGCCGCAAAGCAUGGUCGCGAGGACUUGGUGAGAUUUCUUUUUGACCAUGGUGCACAAUUCGACAUCACGGACUUCCGACUGUGGCUAGCUAAGAUGGCGGGGAUUCCAGAGCCCGGAUGGAGUACAGGGGUAGUUCAGACAUUUCUUCAGCGCCUCACCAACGUAUGCUGGGCUGGCGAAGAUGGGGGCGGACUGCUGUGUCAGGCUGCAAGAUUUGCCGACUCUCAGAUAGUUCAAGUCUGCUUGGCGAAAGGUGUAGAUGUCAAUUGGAAAGGACCAUCGGGCAGGACAGCACUGAUAGAGGCACUAUUGGGCGACCGAAGCCAACGUGCAACAGAUGUUGAUGGCCGCUUUCUAACUCGGGUGCCUUAUGUCCUUCCCAGGAUGCUCAAGCUCAAUUCUACAACGCUAGAGGAAAGAAAGGCAGUAGUUAUUGUCUUGUUGAACCAUGGUGCCGAUCCUGACCUCGGCGGGGACUUGGAAGAUGGUUCACGCAGGCCACCGCUGGUAUGUGCUGCCAGCCGAGGUUUUGACUGGGCAGUCAAGGAACUAAUAGAACGCGGUGUUGACCUCAAUGCCAGGGCUACGUUCCUUCGCAAGCCUCUACUGAGAGGGAUUCCACUUUGUCCUCCGUUCAGACAUGUACCUGCACAACAUACAAGCGUAGGUGCAUUAGCUAUGUUCUAUGCAUCUCGUGGGGGAUACAUAUCCACUCAACAGCUUCUUCUUGCGCAAGAUGCUGACACGAGCCUUCUGGAUGAAUGUGGGAAAACAGUUCUGGAAUGGGCCUCUAACAGUGGUGAUUGA